GGUGUGCCUAUGAGGCUGUGGAUUUUACUUCAUCGCAGCGUUAUGUAUGCCAUCGUUGCGAGCGUCAACGGAAAAGGUUCCGAGGAAAUAGUACAGUUAUUGAGCACUUGAUUCCCGCGUUUCGAAAACUUAAAAUCAAGUGUAUAUCGAAUGGAACAGAGUCAGCGCGCCUCAUGAAU